AUAAAACAGACACACAAGCUGCUUGGAUUUAAGCUGCAGUAAUUUAAGAGUGUUUUAACUUUAUUGACUUUUCGUUUGAUUUUGAAAUGCCUCCUAAAAAAGCUUCUGCUGAGCCAACUGCCACAAUCCCAAAGGAUUCUGAGAAUGAAACCGUUGACACAAAACCAGAUGCUUCUGAAAGCUCAAGCAGUAAGGCCAAUGGACGGAAGGUUUCUCCACACCCAUCCACCAUGGAAAUGGUGAAAGAAGCUCUGAAAGAGCUGGACUCCAGAAAGGGUGUUUCGGCCCAAGCAAUCCGUGGCUACAUCAAAGAGAAGUAUAAGACCGUGGAUGAAACGCGGCUGAAGUUUAUGGUGCGACGAACCUUGAACAAAGGCAUGGAGACUGGUGUGUUUGUGAGACCUGCAAAUUCUGGGGCAACCAUGACCGGUGCUCAAGGGCGCUUUCGGAUUGCUGCCAAGACCAAAGCAAAGGAGGCCAAGGCACAGUCAAAGGAAAAUGCUGAUCCCAACAUACAGAAAACAUCCAAACCUAAGAAAGCCAAGGCAACUAAAGCCAAGGGUGAAGGGACAAGCAAAGAAAAGAAGCCCACAAAGAAAAAGGAGGCCACAGAUGGUGCUAAGCCUAAGACUCCUGAGAGCGAUGCCACUGCCUCAAAGGUGGCCCCUGCUAAGAAGCCAAAGGCGAAGAAUGCUGCAGGGGAGGGUGGAUCUGAGCCCAAACCGAGCAGAGCUAAAAAAGCCUCUAAAGCAUCAAAAGAGGGAGUUGAGGAACCAGCAGCUAAGAAAGGAGGAAAGAAAACUGCAGCAAAGGCAGAAGAGGGUGAAUCGGGAGAGAAAGGUGCUGUAGCUGCUGCAAAAGCCCCAGGGAAACGAGGAAAGAAGUGAUUCAGGGCCUGAUUUCUUUUACUGUUUUUACUCCUUGCGUAGUGACUUUUAUUCAAGCACUUGUAUACCAAAUAAAGCUUUUUACGUAUGUUCAAGAA